AUGUCCACCACCUCCAUAUUCCGCCUCCUCCACCUCCUCCUCCUCCAAUUCUCUCUUUCCUCCGUCCUCGCCGCCCACCCCAAACCCCUGACUUCCCCCUACCUUUCACCCGCCACGAUCCACCCAAAUUACCAAAACAUGUUCAAAUUCUUCAAGAUCUUCAUCUACAACCCAAACAGCACCUUCCCCUUCACCUCCCCAUCCCAAUCGCUCUUCUACACGCGCCUCCAGGACAGCCACUUCCCCACCGAAAACCCUGAAAAAGCCCACCUCUUCUUCGUCCCCUUCCCCUCCGACCUCCCCCCGCGCUCCGUCGCGCGCCUCAUCAGAUCCCUCCGCUCUGAGCUUCCCUACUGGAACCGCACCCUCGGCGCCGACCAUUUCUACCUCUCAUGCGCCGGCAUCGGGUACGAAUCGGAUCGGAAUCUCGUCGAGCUCAAGAAAAACUCAGUCCAGAUCUCGUGCUUCCCGACGCCGGCCGGUAAGUUUAUUCCCCACAAGGACAUUUCGCUUCCGCCGGUCCCGAGCACUCCCGCGCCGACGAACAACACGGCGAGCAUCUUGGGGUACGCCAGGUUCGAUUGGGUCAAGGAGUCAACGUUGGUCAACCAAUUGAGCAGCGACCCCGAUUUUCUGAUCGAAUCCAAGCCGUCCGAUCCCAAUACCUUCGCGGACAGACUCGGCGGGAGUAAGUUCUGCUUGUUCGAGUACGGAGGAGGCGAAGUGUCGGGGAUCGGGGAGGCGCUGCGUUUCGGUUGCGUGCCGGUGGUGAUCACGGACCGUCCGAUCCCGGACCUGCCGUUCUCGGACGUGCUGAGGUGGCAAGAGAUCGCGGUGUUCGUGAGACGUAGUGGAGGGGUAGUGAGGGAGCUGAAGCGCGUGUUGGGGCGCGCGUGCUGGGAGCGGCACGAGAAGAUGAGGGAGUUGGGUGUGGCUGCGAGUCGGCACUUUAUGUGGAACGAGACACCGGAGCCGUUCGAUGCGUUUUAUACGUUGAUGUAUCAGCUGUGGCUGAGACGGCACACCGUUAGAUACGUCAGGAGAGAAUGA